GAGAGAGAGAGAACCUGUAUGUUUAACUGGGCUUACAACACUCUGCAUGGAAAAGAGAGAGGCAUUGAACAGAUCAGCCUCUCCUCCAGAGGCUUAAAGGAAUAUAUUUAAUCUGAUUCUGUUACUGGCCGUGGCUGUGGUGGUGAGGUUUUCCAGAUGAACUCUGUGGCUUGUCGAGAGUGGCCUGGACUGCAAAUUUCCUGGUGAUUUGACAUCUAGGUUAGUCGGGAUUGUUGACAAUAUCCUUGUGGAAGUAACGCCCACCUCAAUCCCCUCAAACCAACCCCCCAACCCCUGCCCUGGGGCCCCGGCAGUCCUCCCCAGUGCUACCCACACUAAGCGACUUGGUGGCUUCUGGGAAUCACAAAGUUGCUGUCCUGAUUCUGAGACCAAGUCGCUCCUGGAAGUGAUGUUCAGCAGUGACACACAACCCCAUCAUUUUCCAGCAAGGAAGUACCUGUAACCCCAGGAUGUGGCUGGUACCGGAAUCAGCGACUGUGUGAAGCUCUGACACAGUGACUGAAGGGACUGAGGAAGCUGUUAACUGAUUUGCUGAUGACACCAAACUGAGUGGGAAGACAAGUGUGAGGAGGAAGCUAGGAACCUUCAAGAGGAUUUGGACAGACUUGGUGACUGGGCUGGAACAUGACAGAUGGAAUACAAUGUGAUGUAUGUGCACAAUUAUCCAACAUUCUCCACAACAAAGGUGACCCACUGGGCCUGAGGAUUCCCACCAACAUUUGGUGCAGGGGCUCAGUAGGAUGGUUAUUGGUCAGGUGAGUAUGCACAGCGGUGGUGUAGUCUGCUGGCAGUCCGUUCUGCUGCUCAUCCUGGGGGCAGUGUUAUCGGGACAUGCUUCAGGAUGCCCGGCCCGCUGUGACUGCUCGGCCCAGGAGAGGUCUGUGGUGUGUCACCGCAAGCGUUUCAUCGCCGUUCCCGAGGGCAUUCCCACCGAAACCCGGCUGCUGGACCUCAGCAAGAACCGCAUCAAGACCAUCAACCAGGACGAGUUUGUCGCGUACCCGCUGCUCGAGGAGCUGCAGCUGAAUGAAAACAUCAUCUCGACCGUGGAGCCUGGAGCAUUCAGUAACCUGCCGAACCUGAGGUCCCUGGGCUUGAGGAGUAACCGCCUGAAGCUGAUUCCUCUGGGAGUUUUCACUGGACUGAACAACCUAACGCAGCUGGACAUCAGCGAGAACAAGAUUGUCAUCCUGUUGGAUUAUAUGUUCCAGGAUUUGUAUAACCUCAGGUCCCUGGAGGUGGGGGACAAUGACCUGGUCUAUAUCUCCCACCGGGCAUUCAGUGGGCUGCACAGCUUGGAGCAGCUGUCUCUGGAGAAAUGCAACUUGACCACCAUCCCGACUGAAGCCCUGUCCCACCUCCACAGCCUCAUUGUGCUUAGGCUCCGCUUCCUCAGCAUCAGCGUGAUACACAACAACUCGUUCAAGCGGCUGUACCGGCUGAAGGUGCUGGAGAUUUCCGACUGGGCUUCCCUGGACACGAUGACCCCGAACAGCCUGUACGGGCUGAACCUGACCUCGCUGACCAUCACCAGCUGUAACCUCAGCUCGGUGCCCUACGUGGCCAUUCGGCACCUGGUCUACCUGCGGUUCCUCAACCUGUCCUUCAAUCCCAUCACCGUGGUGCAGGGCCACAUGAUGCAGGAGCUGCUCAGGCUCCGGGAACUGCAUUUAGCUAGCGCCCGGCUGCACACCGUGGAGCCGUAUGCUUUCCGGGGCCUGGGCCAGCUGAGGCUCCUCAAUGUGUCGGCCAAUGAGCUGGUGACUCUGGAGGAAAGUGUGUUCCACUCGGUGGGGAACCUGGAGACCCUGAUCCUGGACAGAAACCCGCUGGCCUGUGACUGCCGCCUCCUCUGGAUAUUCCGGCGUCGCUGGCGCCUGAAUUUUAACCGGCGGCAGCCCGUGUGCGCCAGCCCGGAGAUGGUACACGGUAAGGAAUUUAAGGAUUUCCCGGACAUGCUGCUGCCCAGUUACUUCAGCUGCCGGCGGGCACGGAUCCGGGACAAGAAGCCGCAGACGGUGCGUGUAGAUGAGGGUCACACCGUUCACUUCAGCUGCAGCGCAGACGGUGACCCAGCCCCGGCCAUUCUCUGGGUCUCCCCCAGGAAACAGCACAUCUCCAGGAAGACGAACGGCCGCCUCACUGUUUUCCCGGAUGGCACUUUGGAAGUGCGCUAUGCCCAGCUGCAGGAUAACGGCAGCUACCAGUGUAUCGCCAUGAACGCAGGGGGCAAUGACAGUAGCAAGGCGACCCUCCACGUUCGAGGCUACUCCCCGGACUGGGGGCAGCAAAGCAACAAAACGUUCGCCUUUAUCACUAACCAGCCCAACGGCAGCAAUGCGAACAGCACCCGCACCUCCGUGCCUUUCCCGUUUGAUAUCAAAACCCUGAUCAUCGCCACCACCAUGGGAUUCAUCUCCUUCCUGGGAGUGGUGCUGUUUUGCCUCGUCCUCCUGUUCCUCUGGAGCCGGGGCAAAGGAAACACCAAGCACAACAUCGAGAUCGAGUACGUGCCUCGGAAAUCGGACGCGGGCAUCGGGACCACGGACGCCCCUCGCAAAUUCAACAUGAAAAUGAUCUAAGACUCUCCACGGCGAGAGAUUGCUGCCAUCUUUUUCUAAAACAGUCUGUGACAGACCCUCCUGAAAAAUCAUGCACUCUCUCCCCAAGGGGAAUGCCCAAACAGCGGGUUUGGUGUCAACUGGUUUUGAGACUCGCCGCAAACCCGUUUGGAAGGCGGACUCGGUUUUAGUUAGUUGGAAUGCGCAAAGCGGAAUCGCAUAGAUUCAUCUUUCAUGCCAUUUUUUUCUAUGUGAAGGUGAUCCCACUCUGAGGAAGCCACAGUGAACACCCCCAUCAGCCCGUUCCCAGUCAGCUCCUCACCAAGGUACCCGGGUCGGGAAUUUCCAACUGGAUUUUGUGUUACAGCCCAAUUAUGCCACCGUCAGUGUCAUCUGGGCACCUGUGUGCCUGCGGGACCAUUCCAGGCACCAGGCACUGUCCUCCCUUGGUAGUUGCAAAGUUUGAGAUGGUGACAAACACCAGUAACCAGGCACAAAGUACACGCCAAACGUUUGGGCUCUGUUCAUUUGUUCAAACGUUUACUGAGAAAGAACACAAAUGGACUUAGAAGCCACUGAGUAGAAUGUUGAAUAUCCAACAAGGAAAACCAGGACAUGUUCACCGUGAGAGGCAGGAGCAGAAAUCCCCGUCACAGUGAUAUCAUGACCCAGACACUUUACUCAAGCAACUGUACCCACCUAUUUAUACACAGCCUAGCCCCAUGUACACUCUCUCCCCAUCACUGACUCUCACAGCUCAUCCUCACAGUUUACUGAGCCUCCCUGACACAUUGUCCCAGAGUAUCUGAAAACACUGCACAUGGCACAUGGCUCCAUGUGGAGGUAUCUCACUUUGUAAUUUUUGUCAAGUUGGUCCAUCAAUGCGGCUUACUGGUCCCAGUGGGAAAAAAAACCAAUAUUACAACAAAUCAGAACUCUUACAUUCCCUGAAUUCGAUCUAUCAAUCAGUGUGUGUGUCCUAAUCUGCGAUCAGCCCCCAAUUACCAACCUCACCACCACUGCCCUGAAUGUAAGAGCAACGCCCCUGAACCUGACAAACUACAUGCUCUAACACACAGAGUGUGGGACUCCUGGUCUCCUACACUGAGGAAAGGGCCUGAGGAAAUGUUCACUAACUUCACUCGAGCUGUAAAUAUUUAAUUGCAGCAUUUUUAUCAGAACAUUCUGUGCACAAAACCCGGGGUGGGGGUGGGGAAAUAAUAAAUUCAAGUAAACCCAGGUGUAUCUGAUGAGGAAGUGACUCUGUUGCAUUUGUGUAAGAAAAGUAUAAAUUAUAUAUAUAUAUAUAUAUAUCUUGAAUUUUCUUUCCUUCACUGAACUUCCAUGAUGUUUUUAUAUAUUAAACAAGAAAAAGCAAUGAAUGUUCUGGCGUUUUCUGUAACUUUUAUCAAUGUCCAGAAAGGUCAGAAACUCAGAGGAACGAACCCCCCAAAACAAAAGCAAUUUUUCUACAAUGACUAAGGAUGACAGCGUGGUUGUCCUUUCAAAGCAUUUUUUACGGAAGAUCUUU